UGAAUAAGUUUCCUCGUUUUUUUCUUAUAAAACUUAUUAACUUGCAAAUACGCUUCCUUAAUUUCUGAAAUGGGCUUGACUAAUAUAAUAACGUGCAUAUCAAUGGUUAUUAUCGUCAGUGCUUUUGAGGAUUUGUCAUAUAAAAAAAAUGCAACUCAAUCGCCAUUAUAUCCCGGGACCUCAUAUGAUGCAAGUAAUGCAGUUGACAGAAAUGUCGGAACAUGCAUGAGAACAGAGGGGAUAGGGCUUAAAUCUGUAUACCAUAGUGCGUGGUGGAAAGUGGAUCUCGGCGGAAUACACAAUAUCUACAGCGUCAACAUCCUUUUUAAAAACUAUGAAGGAUAUGAAACCCGACAGAGAGGACGAUUUGCGGGAUUUUCCCUGUAUAUAGCAAACACUAGUAGUAUUAAGGGUUCUACUUUAUGUUACAAAAACGAACCUCAGUUACCGCCCUUGAACUUUACUACAGUCUGUCCAUAUUUUGGACGUUAUUUGAUAUUUCUCAAUGAGAGACUAGAUGAAACUUCCUACCCAAGAGGAUAUCAACUUCAAAAUGUAUUUACCGAACUGUGUGAAGUUAUUGUUGAAGGAUGUACAAAGCGCGGCGUAUAUGGUUCUGGAUGUGAUACGGCAUGCCCAGUCAACUGUCGAGAAAACGAUUGUCAUAUAAGAAAUGGGACUUGUUUUGCUUGCAAACCAGGAUGGAAAGAGAAAACUUGUGAAAGAAAGUGUAGAGAAGGUCUGUAUGGUGAAAGAUGUAGUCAGCUAUGUUCCGGAAAUUGUAAAGAUAAUGAAACCUGUAAUCACGUGACUGGUCAAUGUGACAAAGGUUGUACUACUGGAUGGAAAGGAGCUAUGUGUGACAAAGAGUGUGUGGAUGGAACAUUCGGAUAUGACUGUAACGGCAAUUGUAGUGCUAACUGUUUGAAUGAGCUACCCUGUAACAAAACAACUGGACAUUGUGAAGACGGAUGUAACCCAGGAUAUACCGACAGUGACUGCAAAACACGCUGCCCAUUUGGACACUUCGGAAGUGCAUGCAAUGAAAGUUGUAACAUAAAUUGCCUACGUAAAAAUGAUAUCCUUUGUGAUCAUAUUGGCGGUGAAUGCUUAAAUGGAUGCGAAGACGGCUACAUUGGAACACACUGUAAUGACUCUUGUGAAGAGGGCUAUUACGGUAACAAGUGUUCUUUCGACUGCUCUCAAAAUUGUAAAACCUGUCGACACACAGACGGCUUUUGCACUUGUAAGGAGGGGUGGUUGGGAUACAAUUGUACCACAGGGUGUCCACCGGGACAUUAUGGAUUGGACUGCAAGGAUAACUGUAGCGGACACUGUAUAAACAAUGAACCAUGUGACCAUAUCAGUGGAGUGUGUCCAAGUGGGUGCCGGGAUGGGUACACUGGAGCACGCUGUACUAAUACUUGUGCAGAAGGAUAUUACGGCGGAAACUGUUCCAAAGUUUGUUUUCUCAACUGUAAGACGUGUCGACACACAGACGGACAGUGUUCUUGUGUUGCUGGUUGGAUGGGUUCCAAUUGUAGCAUAGAAUGUGACCAAUCCUAUGGAGAGAACUGUCGGUAUGCAUGCGGUGAACAUUGUGUAAACCAAACAUGUGACAGGUUUAAUGGAAGCUGUUUGUUGGGUCGAACGGACGGACAAAGUUUCCAGAAAUAUAGCGAAAAAAUACGUCUUUUGACGGAAGAACUGAUUGAAUCUUCAAAACAAAUGUUACUGUGGAUUAUUGGAUUUUCGGUAGCACUUGCCGUCUGCGUUCUUUUUAUUAUCAUCACAUGCACAAUAACGAUACUACGGAAAACGGCCUGUAAUGCGAAACGUAAAACUGAAGAUAAGCAGCCUUGUUUGAGGUCCACAACAACUGCUAAACAUCCAGUUACGACCAAUGUCGUCUCUAACUACCAGGAACUUAAUACAGAAAAAGAAAGAAACGCAUAUGAGUCAAUACUGCUGCAAUAAAUAGGAUUUGAAUAUUCGACGGUAAUAAAAAAAAACAAAAGUACUGACGGGCACCGGUUUACUCCGAUUCUAGUUCUUCAACGAUAUAGUGGCAGGUUUCUUUCAUUCUACUGCCAUCAACCUAACAUGCUAUAAUUGUUGAUUCAUCGUGUUGCUAUGAGUGAUGACAGACUUACAAAAUUAGUUUUCAUGUGGGACUAAGAAACAUCAAAUACCAAAAGUUUAACCAUUUCUUUUGUAGUAUUGACUUUAAUAAUUGAUUACUAAACAUGUUAGACUCAGACUGAACUGGGUUUUUUCUAAUCCAACUUUCCUACACAAACUGCAAAAUUCGUAUAUUCAAAUUAAUGUGCAGACAAUCUAUUCUAUAUAAAUAUAACAAUGACAAAACUUAUUAUUAACUCUAUAUUUAUGUUUAUAAAGUGACAUAUAUACCCGAUGGGGAUGGUGUCUAUUAAUUAAGUCAUUAU